GGGGGGGGCCGCGGCUCGCCGCGCACACUUCCCCCGUUAUUAAACACUAUGUUCAAAAGGCGCCGGGGGACUUCCCGAGCCGCGGAGCCGCCCGCCCGCCCGCGCGCCCGCCGCCGGCCCGCGGAGCCCAUGGACCUGAGCGCCGCCGCCGCGCUCUGCCUCUGGCUGCUGAGCGCCUGCCGCCCCCGCGACGGGCUGGGAGCGGCCGCGGUGCUGCGAGCAGCGGGGGCAGGGCCGGCCCGGGGCCCGGGGGGCGGCGGCGGCGGACGGACCCUCGCCGCGGCGGCGGGCGCGUCCCCUGUCCAGGCCGCCUCGGAGUCCGGCGCCCGCUCUGCGCGCCGCGCCCCCGGGCCCGGCUUCAGGAACGGCUCGGUGGUGCCGCACCACUUCAUGAUGGCUCUGUACCGCAGCCUGUCCGGGAGGGCCCCGGCCGGGGAGGCCUCUGCCCCGGGCCACGGCCGCGCGGACACCAUCACCGGCUUCGCAGACCAGGCGACCCAAGACGAAUCGGCGGCCGAGACUGGCCAGAGCUUCUUGUUCGACGUGUCCAGUCUUCCGGACGCCGACGAGGUGGUAGGCGCCGAGCUGCGUGUGCUGCGCCGCGAGCCGGCCCGACCGGACCCGGGCAGUGCGACCGCCUCGCCGCUGCUGCUGCUGUCCACGUGUCCGGGGACCGCGCGCGCGCCGCGCCUGCUGCACUCGCGGGUGGCGGAGGCCCUGGACGGCGCACGCUGGGAGGUGUUCGACGUGGGGGACGCCGUGCGCAGCCACCGCCGGGAGCCGCGCGCCGCCCGCGCCUUCUGCCUCCUCCUGCGCGCCGUGGACGGGCCCGCGCGGAGCCCGCUGGCGCCGCGGCUGCUGGGCUUCGGCUGGCCGGGCGCAGGCGGGGCGGCCGCCCAGGAGCGCGCGCUGCUGGUGGUCGCCUCCCGCACGCAGAGGAAGGAGAGCCUCUUCCGAGAGAUCCGUGCCCAGGCCCGCGCGCUCGGGGCUGCCCUGGCCGGGGAGCCACCGCCCGACCCGGGACCCGGCCCUGGCUUCCCGAGGGUCGUGCUGGGCGGCCGCAGGCGGCGGCGGACGGCGCUGGCGGGGACGCGCGCGGCGCAGGGCGGCAGCGGGGGCGCGGGCCGGGGCCACGGGCGCAGGGGCCGGAGCCGCUGCAGCCGCAAGCCGCUGCACGUGGACUUUAAGGAGCUGGGCUGGGACGACUGGAUCAUCGCGCCGCUGGACUACGAGGCCUACCACUGCGAGGGCGUUUGCGACUUCCCGCUGCGCUCGCACCUGGAGCCCACCAACCACGCCAUCAUCCAGACGCUGCUGAAUUCCAUGGCGCCCGACGCGGCGCCCGCGUCCUGCUGCGUGCCCGCGCGCCUCAGCCCCAUCAGCAUCCUCUACAUCGACGCGGCCAACAACGUGGUCUACAAGCAGUACGAGGACAUGGUGGUGGAGGCGUGCGGCUGCAGGAGGUCCGAUUUACAGGACUGGUUUCUGUGCCUUGAUUUCGUGCUGGUGAAACCUCCUUGCGAGCACCCAGAGCGUAGUCCGGCCGCAGCUGUGAGCCCUCCAGAAGGCCUUGCCACGCGGACACCGGCAGGACCACGUGGGCCCUGUGUGCACGGCCAUGUCUCGCGGUCCCUUUCCUCAUCUGGAGCUCAGCUGUUCACCUCUGAGAAGCCAUCUGCUUUGAUGCUGGAGCCAGGCCAAAGGACAGUACGUCAGAGGUGUCUUCCGUCACCACCCCGUCUCUAGGGGACGGUGAUCCCACGGGGCUCUCACUAGAACAUGGAAUGCUUUGAUGCGUGCUCCACCGUCACUGCAGCCAGCGGGGUGGACUGUCCCCUAAGACUUCAUGAUGGCGUCAGUUCCCGGAACAUAGAGCUGUUCAGCCCACUGCAGCCAGAGCCUGUGCUGCUCCUCACGGGGCCUCGGGGUCUAGAGAAGGCAGAGUCACAUGAUCUGAGGGCUCUCUUUGGUUCACUGACAAAAUAAUUUCUUUCCAAUAAGUAAAGUUAAGGCAAACGGAGAGAGAGAAAAAGAAUACCUAUAUUUAUAUUAUACCUGGCAACUUAAAACGCUUUUCCAUAAAUUAUUAGGAAACUUUCAGAAGAGUCAUGAAGUAGCUAAGAACAUUACCAUCAUCAAUCGCAUGGGUGUCCUGUGCACAUUCGAUCUGGGGCAACCUGGUGCUUCUCACUCUGGCUCUGGAGGAGGGACCUCGGGAGCCCAAUGCCGCAGGCUACAGUCUGUGGAGAGCCUGCUGCUGCCACGUGGCGGGGGGCAGCGACAAACCUUUGCAGCUUUUUCCCUGUGAGUUGGCGAGUGUUGUCUGGAGAACUCUGAUUUUGGAUCUAAUGCAGGUAGGUCACAAGUCACACGGAUGGCCUCGGCCAAUCCUCGCAGUGUCAGUCCAGAAUGAUUUUGACCUUUCAUCCUUAAAGGACACCAGGUCCUCCCUUCUUGCUGAUGGGACACGAGUGGUCCUCCUCAGUAUCCCACGUGCCUCACGCUCAUGGAUCUCCUUUCCACUGUUGAGUAUUUCCUCAUCCCCGCCGGGGGAGCUUGCUCCAUCCACAGUAUAACUCAGUUGAGGUCUCUGGGGUUUUCUUUUUUUUUUUUUGUCAUUUUCGUUUUUAUCGGUACCGGGGACCGAACUCACGACUGCCUGCUUGCAAGGCAGGUGCUUAUGCCGCUGAGCUAAAUCCCCAGCCCCAUCUCUGGGGUUUUCUUUCGUCUGCAAGGCUCCUGCCCACUAAAGCACAGCCUGGUGGCCCUAGAUGUCUUGUGCAGAGAAGUCCUCAUCAGAUCACAAAUGUGAUUACUCUCCACUCUCAUUUCAGCCUUACUGGGGCAGCUGGUAGUUUUUAAGCCAAGAGGUUAUAAUUUUUUUUUUUCCUUUUCUAAGUCCAAGCAUCAAAACCGAACAGUUCCCUGCUCGGCUCAGUCCACCUACUGACACAGGUGCUGGCGGUGCGAGCUCUUUUCCUUCAUCAGCAUCUUUAUUUUAGACAGGUUCUCCUUUACCCAGGUGGCAAUCAUGUCAGCUAUGUCGUGGCUAAAACGGAGGAUAAAGGCAUGAGGUAUGUUUUUGUUACAGAGUCGAAUGUCUCCUUCUGGAAAGCUUUUCUUCAUGUCUUCAUAGUACUCUGUCGGGCACCAAGGGUCUACAGUUCCGUAGUAAAAGGUAAUCUGAAAGACAAGGCAGGAUGUCCAUUAGGAAACACUUCUCCAAACAGAGACAACACCGGUGGCCACAGUUCCCUGCAGGCAGCACCCAUCUCUGGCCCAUUUGCCUGUCUGAGGCUCAGAAGAUCACAUCACAGCUGCACUGGAAGGACCGGACUGCAGUAAAGCCAUGUGGAGGCCCCUGUGGAGCAAAUCUUGGGCAAGUCACACGUGCUGGGAGGAGGGGCAGGUGAGAAUGAGGAGGGUUAAUAAGGCAUAGAACGGUGACCGUGUAGUACAUGUACCAGUUUUCCUACAGCUGAUGCAUCUGUCGAAUGAAUGCUAAGAUAAAUAGGUUACACCCAGGCUUUUCAGUGUAGUUGAUGAAAUGUGAUGCAGUAUUCCAAGAGUUAAGACAAUGCUUCACACACCAGGAGGGCAUGCUGAGUUCAGUGGGAGGUGCUGUGAUCAUACCUCUGGUGACAACAGGAAGGCCAAUGGAGACACAGUGUUCUCUGGCACAAUGUUAAGACCUUCAUCUUCCUACACCUGUUAUUUGAUGCAUACAUAGAAAUAUUGUAUAUAUAUGAUCUAGCUAUGGUUAUAUAUUUGAUGUGUCAUGUACAUAUAGUUCUAGGCUGUUGUUCUGAGCUGAAACAUUUCUGUGCUAUAGUUCUGUGUUUUUCUGAAAAGGCAACAAAAGUGACAGCUUAUACUUAGAAGAGUAGACAGUGGUAAUUCUUACAAAAAAAUAAAGACUAAAGUUUAAGCA